CCGCCGCCCCCGCUGAGCCGGCCCGGUCCGCAGGGCCCUCUCGGAGGCGGCGGCUUUGCAGGCUUGGAGUUCGCGCCGCCGCAGGAGCCGGAACCUCGGGCCGCGGACCUAGGGGCCCCGGGGACAUGGGCCGGAGCGGCGGGGCCCCCACCGCCGUCGGCGCACAUCCCGGUGCCAGCGCAGAGAGCCCCCGCAGGAAAAGCCCGGCUGGACGAGGUCAUGGCUGCCGCGGCCCUCACAAGCCUGUCCACCAGCCCCCUCCUGCUGGGGGCCCCAGUUGCGGCCUUCAGCACAGAGGCCAGCCUGGAGCCCUGGAAGGAGGCCCCAGUGCAGCCACCAGGCAGCUGCAGCAGCAGCAGCAGUGGAGACUGGGGCUGGGACCUAGCCAGUGACCAGUCCUCUCCGUCUACCCCGUCGCCCCCGCUGCCCCCUGAGGCAGCCCACUUCCUGUUUGGGGAGCCUGCCCCGAGGAAGAGGAAGAGCUCGGCGCAGGUGCUGUUCCAGUGUCUGUGGAAGCGCUGCGGGAAGGUGCUGAGCACGGCCUCCGGGAUGCAGAGACACGUCCGCCUGGUGCACCUGCGGCGGCAAGCAGAGCCAGAGCAGAGUGACGGCGAGGAGGACUUCUACUACACAGAGCUGGAUGCUGGCCUGGACACACUGACCCGCGGGCUGGCCAGCCUGAGCCCGGCAUCCCCCACUGCCUCUGUGCCACUCACCUUCUCCCACCUGGAGCUGCCAGAGCCCUUGGCCACCCCCCAGGUGUGGCACCGUGACCACGCCUACCAGGGCUGCCCAGCACCCGUCCACCUGGAGCCACCACCCCCCACAGUCAGGGCCUGCACACCAGCCCUGCCUUCCAAGUUUGCUGCCAACCCGAGGAAGCCCCGAGGUGAUGCCAAGAAGUGCCGGAAAGUAUACGGCAUGGAGCACCGGGACCUGUGGUGCACGGCCUGCCGCUGGAAGAAGGCCUGCCAGCGCUUCCUGGACUGAGCCCCACCCCCGUGCUGCUGCCUGCCCGCCCGGGCUCGUGAAAGGGGAAAAUAAGCUGCCCACCCCUCCUGGCCAGGGGCAUCUUCUAGCCACAGAGUCUACUUUUUAAUGGGGAGGGGGGAGCCAGUGACCCUGGACCCCCAGAGGUGGGGGGGGGGGGCUCCAUCACUCAAAGUGCCUCUGAAGAAACCAGCCUUUUGCACUAAAGCCAAACCCCAUGACUGCCCCCUUGGCCCCGGGGUCCCUGGGGGGGGGAGCACUGCCCUGCCUGCCCGUGGGCCCAGGGACUUGUCAAGGGUGCUGAAGGGCCUGGAAGCCACACGGGAGCCAGUCCUUGAUGCACUUUGAGGGGUGUCAGGGAGGGGCCUCCCCUGCCCACACUUAACCUGACGGUU